CCCGCUUCUUCUUCCAAUCUCACAAUGUCGUUCGCCAACUCCAGCUUUGCGCCCCUUGCCGUCCUGGUCGGCAUCGUAGCUUACCUCUACUCUCGCCGCCGCCGCGAUGCGCUCCCCCUUCCCCCAGGCCCUAGGAAGCUACCGCUCGUUGGCAACCUCUUCGACAUGCCCAAACGCUUCGAAUGGGAGAAGUACAUGGAUUGGGCGAAGGAGUUCGACACCGACAUCCUCCACCUUGACGUCGCCGAGAAGUCCAUCGUGGUGCUUGACUCCUAUGAGGCGGCCGUCGAGCUGCUGGAGAAGCGCUCGAAGAUGUAUUCUGACCGACCACCAUUCCCGAUGACCAUCGACCUCAUGGGCAUGGACUUCAACUUCGCCUUCGUGCCGUACGGUGAUAAAUGGCGCGCCAGACGCCGCCUGCUGCACGGUUUCCUACAUGCUACCGCGUCCGUGGACUAUCAGCCUCUCGAACUCAAGGGCGCGCAUGCUUUCCUUCGCGCCAUGCUCAACGCGGGAGAAGACGACCUCGAAGCUGAGCUCAGACAUAUGACCGGCCGUCUCAUCCUCCGCAUCGUAUACGGCCUCGACAUCCAGAAGAAGGACGACCCGCACGUCACCAACGCGGAGGCCCUUCUGCGCAUGCUAACCACUUCGUCGAUCCAAGGCUCCUACCUCGUCAAUAGCGUGCCUGCACUGAAAUGUAUGCCGGAGUGGGUACCGGGAGCUGACUUCAAGCGCGUGGCGCGGCUGUGGCGCAGGCUGGGGAACGAGAUCGUGGAUCGGCCCUUUCACGAGGUCCAAGAGAGUAUGACUAGCGGAGCCUCUCCGACUCCGUCUUUCGCGCUCAACUCCAUCGAGAAGGGCGCGGACGAAUCAGUAAUCCGAGACGCGGCGGCGACGAUGUAUAACGGUGGUACCGAUACGACCGUCGUCACGCUCCUCAACUUCACCCUCGCCAUGCUCGACCAUCCCGAGAUGCAGCGCCGCGCGCAGGCCGAGCUCGACACCGUCCUCGGACCGCUGCAGACUUCAGAGGGAGCGCCGGGCCAGAUGCCAGCCCUUGAACACGAGUCGCGCCUUCCCUACAUCACCGCGCUCGUGCGUGAGAGCUCGAGGUACAAGCCAGUCACGCCGGUGUCCAUCACUCACGCCUACUCCGGCGCUGAGGUGGACAUCUACAACGGGUACGCGAUCCCAAGCGGGUCUAUCAUCAUACCGAAUGUGUGGUCCAUGAUGCACAACGAGAUCACCUAUCCGGACCCAUACGCCUUCAAACCCGAGCGAUUUCUGUCCGCCGACGGCAAGCUCGACCCACAGGUCCGCGACCCGGGAACCAUGGCCUUCGGCUUUGGUCGCCGCGUCUGCCUAGGACGUCACUUGGCUUACAACUCGGUUUGGAUCAUGAUCGCGUCUAUCUUGCGCGUGUAUAAUAUUGAGAAGGCAAAGGACGCAGAUGGGAAACCUAUCGAGCCUCACCGGGAGUGGGCUUCUGCGUUGGUCCAGAACCCUGAGCACCUCAAGUGUGUUCUUUCCCCGCGCAACGCAGGAGCGGCCGAGAUGAUUCGCGCCACGGAGGGCAUGGAAUACUGAGCGCGACGAGGGAACUGAUGGUCUUAUUUCUCCCUUCAUCGAAUUGACCAUGACUUGCUGUACUAGGAUUGGAUCGCCGAAUUGUACGGGAUUCGAUGUGACGGUCCCCCGUUCUCGGUCUGUACCGCUGGAAGGUGGCUAAGGACUAUUUCCAGCUUUGUGCUCACGACAGGGUGCUCUCGCGCUAUGAAUACGUGAGGCAUUGACGUAAGCUACUAUCCUGCCGAGGGUCGCACAGGUUGGAGACAACCUAUUUAGGUGUCUAGAAGUUGUUCCGCUCUCUU